UCCCUCUUUCAGAAUAUCGUGAUCGCUUUUUGUUGGCUCCCUGCAGCCAUUUUCACAGCCCACACCGUCUGCUGUCUCCUCCUUCUUCUCUUUACUCCCCGCAGCUGAUCUUUGUUUUCCAUCCAGCCACACGGGUCCAUCCAUGUCUGGAGACCGUCUUUAUUCCGGAGGAGGAUAACAGCUUUACUGCGGAUACAUCUGCGGAAUGUGGUGCUUGAGAUAAAUGACAGGAUACAUGGAGACAACAAAAGACUGCGGCUGUGACAAACUUGUGCGAGGGAAACCCUCGGGAGGUCCCUGGAGAAGAUGGCAUUCUGGAGGAGAAAAACUGACACUGAGAAGGAACGCCAUGUGAAAGCCAACGCACGGGACUACAAUGACAAAUUCUCUUAUGCAGACAAUCACAUCAAAACCUCAAAGUACAACGUCCUCACCUUCCUACCCAUCAACUUGUUUGAGCAGUUCCAGAGGGUCGCCAAUGCUUACUUCUUAGUGCUGCUGAUACUGCAGGUUAUUCCAGAAAUUUCCUCUCUGUCCUGGUUCACAACCAUCGUGCCUUUGGUGUUGGUGCUGGUAAUCACAGCUGUGAAGGACGCCACAGAUGACUACUUCAGACAUAAGAGCGACCAGCAAGUCAACAACCGGCAGUCUCAGGUUCUCAUCAGGGGAAGUCUGCAGUAUGAGAAAUGGAUGAACGUCCGAGUGGGAGAUAUCAUCAAACUAGAGAACAAUCAGUUUGUCGCUGCAGACCUCCUCCUCCUCUGUAGUAGUGAGCCCUAUGGACUGUGCUAUAUUGAGACUGCAGAGCUCGACGGAGAGACGAAUCUAAAAGUUCGUCAGUCGUUAACCGUCACCUCAGAUUUGGGAGAUAUUACAAAUCUGAUGGACUUUGAUGGAGAAGUCAUUUGUGAGCCACCAAACAACAAGCUGGAUAAAUUUACUGGAACUUUGUACUGGAGAAACAACAAAUACCCUCUGGAUAAUGAGAAAAUGCUGCUGCGAGGUUGUGUUCUCAGAAACACUGAGUGGUGUUUUGGGAUGGUCAUAUUUGCUGGUUUGCAAACCAAACUGAUGCAGAACUGUGGAAGGACUAAAUUUAAGAGGACGAGUAUCGAUAAACUGAUGAACACUCUGGUUUUGUGGAUCUUUGCCUUCCUCAUUUGUAUGGGAGUUAUUUUGGCCAUUGGGAACACUGUUUGGGAGAGCUGGGUCGGCAGGAACUUCCAGGUGUUUUUGCCGUGGGAUGAGUUUCAGAGAAGCGCCAUUUUCUCUGGCUUCCUUACCUUCUGGUCCUACAUCAUCAUCCUCAACACCGUUGUGCCCAUCUCACUGUAUGUCAGUGUGGAGGUUCUGCGGCUCGGUCACAGUUACUUCAUCAACUGGGACCAGAGGAUGUACUACAGUCAGACGGACACUGUGGCAGAAGCUCGUACCACCACCCUGAACGAGGAGCUCGGCCAGGUGGAGUUCAUCUUCUCCGACAAGACGGGCACCCUCACUCAGAACAUCAUGGUCUUCAGCAAGUGCUCCAUUAAUGGAAAGACGUACGGUGACACUUAUGAUGAAUUUGAGCACAAGGUGGAAAUAACAGAAAAAACAGCCUGUGUGGACUUUUCCUUCAACCCUCUGUGUGACAGAAGGUUUAAGUUCUACGAUGGCAGCCUGGUUGAAGCUAUUAAACUGGAGGAUCCUGCAGCGCAGGAGUUCUUCAGACUGCUGGCUUUGUGUCACACUGUCAUGCCUGAGGAGAAGAGCGAAGGAAAUUUGGUGUACCAGGCCCAGUCACCUGACGAGGGAGCGCUGGUCACUGCGGCGCGAAACUUUGGGUUUGUCUUCCGGGCCCGAACCCCUGAGACCAUCACACUGUGGGAGAUGGGACGAGCCGUCACUUACCAGCUGCUGGCCAUACUGGACUUCAACAACGUGCGCAAGAGAAUGAGUGUCAUUGUGAGAAACCCACAAGGCCAAAUUAAACUCUAUUCCAAAGGAGCUGAUACGAUCAUCUUUGACCGUCUGGAUCCAUCCAGUGAAGACCUCAUGUACACUACCUCAGAACAUCUCAGUGAAUUUGCCGGAGAAGGCCUCCGAACAUUAGCUCUGGCCUACAAAGAUCUUGAUGAAGAUUAUUUUGAUGUUUGGAUGAAGAAGCUUCUUUUUGCCAGCACUGUUAUUGAGAACCGUGAGGAUCAGUUGGCUGUUCUCUAUGAGGAGAUCGAGCAGGGCUUGAAGCUUCUAGGAGCCACAGCAAUCGAGGACAAACUUCAGGAAGGAGUCCCGGAAACGAUCGCCUGUCUUAAUCUGGCUGACAUCAAGAUCUGGGUCCUCACAGGAGACAAACUAGAGACAGCGAUGAACAUUGGCUACUCCUGCAACCUGCUACGAGACGACAUGAAUGAGGUUUUUGUUAUCUCUGGCAACACACUGCUGGAGGUGCAGCAGCAGCUCAGGAGUGCUAAAGAGCACAUUCUGGGCCUGAGUCGUGUCAGCAGUGCAGGAGACGUUUCAAAGGCAGAUAUGUUUGCAGACGACUCUGUGUUUGAAGAAACCAUUAUAGCAGAGUACGCUUUAGUCAUCAAUGGACACAGUUUGGCUCACGCUCUGGAGCCACAGCUGGAGCACAUCUUGCUGGAUUUGGCCUGCUUGUGUAAAACAGUCAUCUGCUGCCGGGUCACUCCGAUGCAGAAAGCCCAGGUGGUGGAGCUGGUGAAGAGGCACAAGAGGGCCGUCACCCUGGCCAUUGGAGAUGGAGCCAAUGAUGUCAGCAUGAUCAAGACUGCUCACAUCGGUGUUGGCAUCAGCGGUCAGGAGGGGAUGCAGGCGGUUCUGGCAGCAGAUUACUCCUUUGCUCAGUUUCGGUACCUACGGCGGCUCCUGCUGGUGCACGGACGCUGGUCCUACUUCCGCAUGUGUAACUUCCUGUGCUAUUUCUUCUACAAGAACUUUGGCUUCACGCUGGUUCACUUCUGGUACGGUUUCUUCUGUGGCUUCUCAGCUCAGACUGUGUACGACCAGUGGUUCAUCACCCUCUUCAAUAUAGUCUAUACGUCCUUACCAGUCCUGGCCAUGGGACUUUUUGAUCAGGACGUCAAUGACCAGAACAGCCUUCGCUACCCGAGCCUCUACAAGCCGGGCCAGCAGAACCUUCUCUUCAACAAACGCCAGUUUUUCCUCUGCACUCUGCAGGGGAUGGGCACGUCAUUCCUCCUCUUCUUUAUCCCCUAUGGAGCCUUCUCUGUCAUGGUGAAAGAGGAUGGCUCGCACUUUUCCGACCAGCAAGCGUUUGCUGUUACCAUAGCAACAUCCCUGGUCAUUGUCGUGAGUGUUCAGAUUGGACUGGACACACACUACUGGACAGCCGUCAAUCACCUCUUCAUAUGGGGCAGCCUCAUUGUUUACUUCGCCAUAUUGUUUGCAGUGCAAAGUGACGGUAUAUUUGGCAUCUUUCCAAGUAAUUUCCCAUUCAUAGGCACAGCACGUAACUGUCUAUCAGAGAAGAGUGUGUGGCUGGUCAUUCUGCUCACCACUGUGGUAUGUGUCAUGCCCGGUUUAGCAGUCAGCUUCCUGAGAGUACACCUCUUCCCAACUCUGAGAGAUAAGGUUCGUCAUCUCCAACAGUCCAGAAAGAAACAAGGACCUCAGGAGCAGAACUUGAGGCGAGUACGCAGAACGAGCUCCCGCCGCUCUGCGUAUGCUUUCUCCCACCAACAGGGCUACGGAGAGCUGAUUACUUCAGGCAAAAACAUGAGGAUGAGCACAGUGUCGUCUGCUCGCUCCCCUGGAAGAUCCCCGCACAGCUCCUCAUGGAUAGAAAACAUGUUGAAGAGAAAGAACGAAGUCUCCUGCGUCCCUGAUGAAAGUACAGGAGCACCAGAAAGCAGCAGCAGAGCAAAACAGACUCAGCAGCACACAGACUGAACCAGACCUGACAGACAGAUAGUGUAUUAUACUACAGGAUACCGUGAGCAUGGAUCCCACAGACUGAGCAGUAGGUAUGAGUGUCCUUCAGAGUCCUCAAAUUCAACUACACAGGUGUACCUCAUAUUUUUUAUGAGCUUGGGUCGUACUCUGUCCAAUGUUAAAGGCCAAUCCAAACAUGCUUAUCUAAAACAAAAGCCAGCUGAUUGAAAACACAUAAAGUCCACACAGACAUUUGUUUAAUGUGCAACAGCUGGGAAAUCUCAGGACAACAUUAUGCAUGAGUUGCCAAAAUUAAAUAAAUAUUUGUCCUCCUGCAUCAACCGAUCCAAGUUGAUCUUUAAGUGGUUGGUGCAUUUACUCAAUAUUAUUUUAAUGGCAUGUCAGUUUCUGAUAAAUAGUGAAAGUUUGGGAUACCAAAAGGGAUAGUUAAGUCUUUUUGAAGUGGGGUUGUAUGAGGUACUUAUCCAUAGACAGUAUAUUACAUACAGUAGAUGUCAGUCAGUGGAUGGGUCGGCAACAAAAUGUUUUUUUUAGCCACCUGAAAUAAAGUCCCACCUAAAAAAAAAAAAUCAGUAUCAGUAUGCUAUAUUUAGAGUAUUUUCACUGCUUUACCUUUCUGUCAGACAGUGAUUUCCAACUGUAAAAUUAAGUCAUCAUAUCACUCUCUUCAAAGCCAGACUCCAUUGAGAAAAACAGUGAUUUAAUAUUGCUGAACAAAGGAGCUGCUGGUUUAUCACUGCAUUGAACAGUUAGUGUGUUUGUGUUAUUGUGUGACUUUGGAGUUUAAAAAGGUUAGUUCAGAUUCACCAAAGUAACACAAUAUCAUAAACUAACUGGCUGAUCGAGGCGGCAGUAGACCAGCAGCUCUCGUGCUCAGUGCAUUAAAAAUACUGUUUUUGUCAAUGGAGUCUGGUUGCUUUGACGAGAGCACGGAUGAGGAACUUUACUAAGAAACUAACGAAUUCCCCGUCACAACGGGCUGUCUGACGGAAAGGUGAAGCGCUGAAAAUACUCUCAAUAUAGCGUACACCAUAACUGAUAUUUAUUUAGAUGGGACUUUUUUAAGUGACUAAAACGUAUUUUAAUGCUAACCCCCUCCACAGCAGUACAUUGCUUCUCCAAACUGGGGGUGUGCCAACUGACAUCUACUGUAGGUUAUAGACUACGCAUAAGUACCCCAUACAACCUCACUUCCAAAAAUACAACCCAUUUUAGAUGAAGCUUUAGCUGUCACAAAAAUAAUAACAUAUAAAUGACGGGCAUAAAUAAAGGUAACCUCGAGCACUAGUACAACAAACUUAAAUAGACCUCCGUUUGUAAAGCCUAUGCACUAAAACUCUCCUCUUACCCUACAUCUUAAGUGCUUAAACACAAGUGUUUCUGUAAAUACUGAUGUAAAGCUGCUAAAUAUGAUGAUAAGCACAACUUAGUUAGUGAUUUAAAGUGGAAGCUAACAACUUUUUAAAUAUCAAGAGAUAGCUACUGAUGGCAACUGGGAAAAGCAAAUUGUCUUCCUGUUGUCUUCAUUAUUCUAUAGCCAUUGCAUAGUGUAAUUAACAUUCACAAAAAGUGCAAAAAACAUGUCUAUUUCCAUGUUAAAUACAUUUUACUGACUCCUUAUUUUGCCAAUAAACAGUAUCUCUCUGUUCGCCCUGUGCUGUGCCUUGUAUGGUUCCUGUUAAAGAUCAAGCUUUCUUAUUUGAUAUUAAACAGCUCCUCUGGCUUGAGUUUAUUCAAACAAAUGUGUGAGCUGGAAUACAUGGCUUGAAUCUGAUAUCCUUAAAAAAAAUCCAGUUCAAAAUACUGAUUUAUCACUCAGUUAAAGCAAUGCACAGUUGCUGUGCAACAUUUGAAUGAUCAUUAUCAAACUCCAAACGUGACAGCUGAUUUAAUUUGGUUUUUCCCAACAUAAAGAGAUUAGCUAUAAAAAGCUCAGGUAUUCAAACCAACAACAGUUACAUCCUCUCUUCUAUCUAUUAAGUUUUUAGUCCAUAUUUAACCAUAACAAGUAAAAGGGGAAAAUUGUCUGGGUGAGGUACGAUGUGAUAAAAGUCCCUGAACAGAUUUUAUGCUGCAGGUACAUUCAGUACAGAACAGUGUGCCUUAGACCACCAAGCCUCCACCACCACCACUGCUCUCUAAUGAUGAAAAUGAAAAUGAAAUGAAAAUUGCUCCUGUGCAGGAGCUGCAGCCCAGCGUGUGGUCUUAUAAUCAGGACUUUUCUACCCUGAUUUCUACGUGGCUCUCACAUCUUGAACACAGCACAACCCCAACACACUGUAACAGCCAGAUUAAACAUGUCGAAGUGAUGCUGCUCCCAUAAUCACUACUUCUGAAGCACAUGUAAAACCUGAAAAUAUUCAGCUUAUUUAUUUCUCCUGU